AUGGGACAGGUCAGCCGAGAAGUCAUGAUGGAUGGACUUCCAGUGAACAUGACAGAAAAGGAUAUCUCAGCUGAACUCAGUGCCUAUCAUGCCGACGGCCUAGAAGAUAUUCGGGUCAUUCGUGAUCGACAGACGAAGGUGUCACGGCGACGAGGCUUCUUGCGAUUUUCAACUAUCGAGGCAUCACGCGCAUUUGUCGAAAGCAACUACCCUUCCAUAUACUUGUAUGGUCCCAACGAGAGUUCAACUAACGUGCGCAUUGGUUACAGUCGUGAGAGGGAAGACCGAGGUCGUGGAAAAGGUGCAAGUGACUGGAACUGCGAGAAGUGUUUUGCUCUCAACUUCUCCUCACGUACACAUUGUUUCAAAUGCAGUACCCCACAACCUGGUGCGUACACCUUCCCCAUCUCUCAUCUUAUCCUCUUCCCAUCUCUAACCAUCCAAGCAGACAUGAUUUUCGAUACUGGCCCACCUGGCGUUCCGCCUCCCAAGAUAGUCAACAAUGGUGACAACGAUGCAUCUCCUGAGAACCAACCUUCCCAGUUCCUCCUAAUUCGCGGUCUGGAGGCGUCUGUUACGGAGGAGCUGCUUGCAAAAGGAGUUUCUAAACUCUACCGGCCAUCUGGCAACAAUGAUAGCGCCCCUGAUCAUCAAAAGAAGGGAUCGAAGGUAGCCUCAACGACUGGUAACAGCAGCCUGGGAGCGCGCGAAGGCUCUCUCCGUCGCGUGCUCCUUGUACGUGAUCGCGCAACCCACGCAAGCUGGCGUUACGGAUUCGCAGAAUUUGCUGGAGUCAAUGAUGCACAAGCUGCGAUGACGCGGUUCAAGUCUUUAGACAAAUUCACUAUCUCCUCGAAGCCGGCGUUCGUCACUUACAUCCACGGUGGAGUGUUCGUUCCAGUUAUGAACCCCUCGUCUGGACCUAGCUACUACACAUUCAGCGCGUCCAAUAACCCCUCGCUGCAGUUGAUGUAUUGGGAUAACGGAGCAUACGUGACGGAACUCAAGCUGUCAACCGUGGAAGACGAUACCGCUACUAACAAGACAAUUUCUAACCAUGGAGACGCCAAAUCCAAGGGCACGAAGGACUCCGAUAAAGGCAAAAAAAGAAAAGUUGAUGCCACCACCGGCACGAAUGCCAAGAAACUUGCAAUGCCAACCCAGCUGAAAUUCUGGAGUAACCGCCACGCAGAGCUUCAUGGGAUCAACAGAGAUGGUGCUGGAAACCCCGCGGAGGGCUCGAGCUCAGCAACUCCGGCGAUUAAAACGGCUACUGAAGCGGCCAUUGAAACGGCCGAUCGACCGGCCCCAUCAUUUGCAGAUUACAAAAGGCUCGCCUGCCUCUUGUGCACACGGGAGGGUUUUACGUCCGCAGAACAACUCGACCUACACGAGCGAGAAAGUGAACUCCACAAGAAAAAUCUGAAGGAUGUCAAAGCGAGACAAUGGGGCGUCUGCUUUAUGAUGAUGCUUGGUGUCAUCCCAGUGCAUACUCCGAAUUAUGAAGGCAGCAAGGACGAGUAUCGUGACAAAAUUGAACGGGAGUAUUCCAUCCCACCGUCCGCUCGAUCCUUCGCAGACCUCAAGCGAAUCGGGUGCGUCUUGUGCUUAGCCCAGCUUGAUACACCCGCAAAGCUCCUCACCCACGACCGCCUGAGUGAAUACCACCGAGAACAACUGACUAAGAAAGAGGCGGUCAAAUUCGGCGAGAACCAGCUCAGACUGGCUGGUAUCGCACAGGCGCGCCCAGAAUACCGCGACCGAGCAAAGGAGCGUCGCAAGGCGCUCGGUGAUGAUUCCAAUCCCCGCCGGAGACCCUCCGUAGCAGAGGAGGAGGAAGAGACCCCCGCGCAGACAACCUCGAUCGGUGCUACUCUUCUCACCAAGAUGGGCUGGUCUGAAGGAUCUGGCCUUGGUGCCCAAGGAACCGGCGUGACCCAGCCGAUUCCUACUGAAAUCUAUGCCCAGGGUGUAGGCCUGGGUGCCCAGGGGGGUCGGCUGGGCGACGCAGUUGAGGAGGCUGGUCGGAAGACCAGGAAUCGCUACGACGAAUUCCUGGAGAAGACCAAGAGCGUCGCCCGCCAGCGCUACGAGGAUCUGGACCGUUCCUGA